AUGUCAAUAUUAACCAAAAUUAUAAUUUUGUAUCUACAGGGUGGCGAAGAAGAGCAUGAAAACAGGCCAUUAGACAGCCCAGACGCACGCUUUAUGGCUUGUUGUCAGGCGCGACAAUUGCCUGACCAAUGUCUCAGCAAAUGCUCAUUCGUCUCUUUUACUCGUCAAGCUCUUCAGAAUAUGUACUUCCGUAUGGAUUCAUGCCCAAUGCAAGCAGCAGCAGACAUGCAAUUUUGCGCAGCGCAGGGUCGAGAUCACCGAGAAUGUUGUGCACGCAAUGGUGUUGCCAACACUAUGGCUGGCGAAAAAUGCUUGACAUUUUGUAAUCAGAUACCCGGAAAUGUAACUCAAUUGGAUAUGACAUAUCUCAGCUGCUAUGAUCGUUUUGAGGCAUUUUAA